AAGCCUGGGAAAUAAAACCAGACAAAUCGAUAAUAAUUUUUUCUCAAAGCGUUAUUGCAGAAUUUGUGCAAAGCUUGCGCAGCCUGGGCUCCUGAAUAAUUUCCGAGGAUAAAAUUUGUGCGGUUUUAGUUUUAAAAGCUGAAUUCUGAGCUAUCAAAGAGACAUUUAUUUAUUUAUUUUAUUCGGUCACGGAGGGUUUCGAUCCACAGACGUCUGGUUGAUUAAUUGAGUUUUCAGACAGGGUUUGCUUUUUUCGUUUCAAGGGAGAGGGUUUAAUUUUCUGUUGGAGGAAGUACAGAUCUUUUGUUAUUUGUUCUGUAAAUAUACAGAAAGAAUUAUGGCGGCCGCUCUCGUUGAUAGAGCGACGAAUGAUAUGUUGAUUGGCCCGGAUUGGGCGAUGAAUAUUGAGAUCUGCGACAUCAUUAACCACGAUCCAGGACAAGCAAAGGAUGUAGUCAAAGCAGUGAAGAAGCGCCUUGGGAACAAGAACCCUAAAAUACAACUUCUUUCUCUCACGCUGUUGGAGACGUUAAUAAAGAAUUGCGGGGAGUAUGUACACAUGCAAGUUGCUGACCGGGAUGUGCUGCAUGAGAUGGUGAAGUUAGUUAAGAAGAAAAAUGCAGAUUUGCAUGUCAAAGAUAAGAUAUUAGUUCUGAUAGAUACAUGGCAAGAUGCCUUUGGUGGAACCAUGGGAAGAUAUCCUCAAUACUAUGCUGCAUACCACGAGUUAGUGCGUGCAGGGGUAAGAUUCCCCCAGAGAGCAGAAAGUUCUGCCCCAAUCUUCACUCCUCCACAAACCCAGCCAAUUGCACGAUAUCCUCAGUCAUAUGAUUCAUCAGAUUCCAGGGUUGAAGCAGUUCAAUCAACCACAAAUUCUGAUCUUCCACCCUUGAGCAUUACAGAGAUUAGAAAUGCUCGUGGCCUCAUGGAUGUUCUCAUGGAAAUGCUAAAUGCUUUGGAUCCAAAGUCCAGAGAGGGUGUCAAGCAGGAAGUAAUUGUAGAUCUUGUUGAACAGUGCCGUUCUUACAAGCAGCAAGUGGUGCAACUUGUGAAUACAACAUCGGAUGAAGAACUUCUUGGUCAAGGCCUAUCUUUGAAUGAUGAUCUUGAGCGUGUUCUUGCUAAGCAUGAUGCAAUUGCUUUUGGAUUAUCUGUUCCACCAGAUAAGAAAAAGUCUCCGGCACCCCUAGUUGAUGUUAAUCAUGAGGAAGUUGAACAAGAAGAUGAUGUAGAACAGCUUGCUCGGAGAGCCUCCUCAAAAGCUCGUGUUAGUGCAAAAGACCAGCCUGCUAGUCAGCAGUUGUUACUUCUUCCACCACCUGGCAUGCAGGUGAAUGCUUCAACAUCACGGGUGGACACUAGUAUAGAUCUUCUGAGCGGUGAUGAAUACAAGUCACCAACUGCCGAGACUUCACCACCACUUAUUCCAGCCAGUGGGCAAAACAUACAAAGUUCACAAUCAACUUUCACUCAGCAAGCUACUACAAAUUCAUUGGAUUCACUAUCAGGUCCUGAAGGUAUCUUAGCACUACAACAACAUUCUUCUCCACUUGAAAUGCAACAGCAGCCCUAUUUGUCUCCCAAUGGAAAUAUUCCAGUACAGGUGCAGCCCUCAGUUCAACAGGGACAGUUUCAAUCUCAAGGGACAUUUGUAAAUCAUGUCAAUCAUGCGUUGCAGUGGUCAAAUCCAGCUGGGCAAUCCCUCAGUCCACAACAGCAAGCUCUUGUAUAUGGCUCAGAUCCGACCAACAUGCAUGCACAGGCUCAGAGAAGCCCACAAAGUCUUCCACCUGCUCCUUGGGAUAUUCAAGAUAUGGAGAAUGUACCACAGACAGGAAACAGAUGGCAGGGACCUGUGUCGUAUCAAAACAAUAUUCCUCCAGGACAGCAAUUCUAUCAGCAACAACAAAUUUUGGCAUCUGGUCAGUACAAGCCAGCCUAUUCUGUAGUUUCACAGGAUCAACUAAUAAGAGGGACACACAACCUUUCGCUUUAUGAUGCAAGGUACAACACUUCCUAUCAAAUGACUACUGAUCCAUAUCAAAAUAUUUCCCCUUAUUCUCAACAACCUUCAGUUCCCAAUAAGCCAGUUAAGGCCGAAGAUAGGCUUUUCUCAGAUUUGGUUGACCUGGCCAAAUCCAAAAAUAAAGCAACAUCUAGUAAUGUAGGAAGUUUGUAAAAUAAAGAAUUUCUUGUGGAAGUUUUUCAGCCAUGCAUCUUGUAGAUUGGUUCUUAUGAUAUUUUUCUGUACAAGCAUCAGUUAGUGAAGAUGCUGUACAGUUUUAUUUUUUUUACUUUCAAUUUUGUUUGAGCAUCAUUGAGAUGUCUUGUAAUAUGAAAAAUUCCUUCAUUUGUUUGA